GUCUUCAGAGACUAAUGAGUAUUAUUGAAUCAGUGGAGAAGAUAGAACGUUUACUAAAUAUUGCACCGGAUAGUACAAGUUUUAAUACAGAAAGUCAAGCUGAGUGAGUAUACAUGUAGUACCUAUCAUCUAUUGCUUUAGUGGGAAAACAAAAAUAGGCAGUGCUUCUUUAGCUCUUUAGAAUAUAUAUAAUUUUUAUGUGAACUCUUUUGGUAAGUCUUGUUGGUGUACAAGGGGCUGCUAAGUAGUUGCUAAUUGUCAAUUUAUUUGUUUAGAAUUGUUUCAAAGAGGGUAUGUAGGUAGACACUAUCUUUAGCAUCAUUUAACUACCCCGAUGAAAACAGUACGAGGGUUGAUGGCAUGUGUUAACGUGUAGCUAUAAUUUAAGCUUGAUUAAGCAAUGCUGGUCCUCGCUUGUUUGAAUUCACAUUGCAGUAUGCUUGACGGACCUCUGAUAGAGCGGGUUGCCACAGAGUUUAACCAGUUACAAUACCACGUGACGAGCAGUCAUGGCCACACCUUGCUCGACAAAGUCCGGCCCCGUAUCGUACAAGUGACGUCUGUGCUGCAGUACAGCCUGGAGCAGCAGUUUGUGGAGGGAAUAGAGGAGGGAAACCUGGCCACACUGCGACAGUGUCUGCGCACCUAUGCCACCAUCGAUAAAGUACGUGAUGUCGAGAACCUGUUCCGCCAGAACUGCAUUCGACCCUAUAUGGAAAAGGUUCUUUCUGAGAACAACGUCAAAGAGGUUGGACUCAAGCAUGUUUAUGACCAGGUGUUGGAAGUCAUACCACUUCACUGCAAAAAACUAUUGCAGGUGACAACUACCGUGGAAGCCGAUCCGAGCCACGACAUCGUGAGAGGAUAUGAUAUCUUAGUGAAUUCCGUCUGGCCAGAAGUUGUGAUAUGCCUGGAGUCAAGAACACCCUUUAUAUUUGCACCUGGUGAUCCGGACGACUUCCAUCACAGUUAUUCUGUAAGCAUGAGUUUCCUGGAGAGGUUUGAGUGGCACUGUGGUACACUGGAGGCGGUUGGUAGGCUGCGAGCACACCCUAGCUAUGCGACCUUCAUGAGCAAGUGGAGCCUACCAGUAUACUUUCAGAUACGGUUCCAGGAGAUUGCCGGCACCUAUGAGAGCUCCCUCAUCUCAGCAUUUGAGAUGAGUGUCGAUGACUCACUGUUCCAUCUUGCUGCAUCCGUGCAGCUGUGGUGUGGGCUGUGUCAGUGCUGGGAGGACCAUGUUUAUCUCUCCACACUCGCUCAUCGAUUCUGGAAGCUCAGCCUGCAGUUGUUGAAGCGCUAUGCAUCCUGGCUGCAAGACCUGUGUAAUGAGAGAAUCAGCAGGAGUAAGUCCUCCAGUGUAGAUGGUCCAAGCACAGACAUUGUUGCUCGUUCGUCUAGCCCCACCAGGCGAUCAGUCAGCCCUAGUGGGCAUUCUCCCACUUCUACGAUUACACUGUCGCAGUGUGUCAUGCUCAUUACUGAUGCUGAGAUGGUCACACAGAAGAUGCCACAAUUUUUCAAUGACAAAGUGAAGCCACGUCUUCUUCUUCUCAACUUCCAAGAUUUCGAUCUGUUGCAAGAGUGUUUGGCUGAUGCUAUAUCAGACAUUGCCAGUACGCUGCAGCCUUUCUCCAUGUACAUCACUGAUGAAAUAGUCAACCAGUGCGUUGCAAACUUGAAACAAGUGAAUGAUAUUCCUCGACUGUACCGACGCACAAACAGAGAGGUACCAAACAGAGCGUCGCUGUAUGUUGCUAUGUCCGUUAGACCACUAAAGUCAUUCCUGGAGCAGCACGAGAAGCACAUUAGUGGCACCUGGCGGCGAGUGUGGGCAACUGCGAUCAUACAGAGACUGAGUGAACAAUAUUACACUGUGACGUCGGACGUUGUAACCUCGGUGAGGAAGAUGGAGGACAGUCUGAAGCGGCUGAAAAAGGGCAGAAAGAUGAGCACGUUCACACAGGGCAUGAGCGACGAUGACAAGAUACGUCUGCAGAUAUCACUAGAUGUGGAGCAGCUCGGACGUGAGAUUGAUGACCUGGAGGUAAACAAGGAGGGUCUACCACAGUAUACUGCACUUCUGCAACUAGCAGCUUCUGCACAGAAUAAUGCAAGCGCAGCAACGUGAAUGAGCACUUCCCUCCUAUCUACAAAUCUUAAAGCCAUAUACUACAAUCAGCAUCCU